UCUUGGGGGAGAUAAGGGAACUAGUGAAAGUUUGCCGACCUCUCUCACCCUCCACUCCCCCCAACCUUUUUUUCCCCUUGUGUGUGUGACAUCCACAUCAGGAGAGAAAGUCAGGAGGGAGGGAGAGACAGAGCGGAUUUUGGGGGAAACCAGAGCGCACUAACCUCCAGACCGUCCCAGUCUGCGCUGCGCCUCUCUGCGCUCUGAAAACUUUUUUUUUUUGGUCUUAUUUCUGAGACCCUUUCUUUAUAUUUCGCGGUGGCGGAGGGAUGUUCUCCGAGAGGAAGAAGUUACACCCCAGCWGAGCUUUUUUUCUUUUCUCUCUUUGUGGAGUUGAAAGAAGUUUGGGUGAUAACUUAGCGCACAAAUCUUGAAUGGGCACCGUCUGAGGAGACCUUUACGCAGCGAGGUGGCACGUUUUAUAAUCCUUUUUCUUCCCUUUUAUUCAAUGGCAAACAACUCUUUUAAGGAAACGCUUUUACUGCUAGAGUCACUCUAGGCAAAGUUUCGCAAACUUUUUUUUAUUUUUAUUUUCAUCAAAUCUACCGAGUCGAGCAUCCUUUUUUUUUUUAAAUCCCAGAACGGAUCGUAUCACCUCUGCUCUCAUCCUCUUGUGGAUUUUCCAGUCAUUUUAGUGGAGACCAUGCCUCCAGCCGAGCCGGAGAGGUGCGCCGGGCUGUGCCGGAUCUGGGCUCUGGUUUUCGCUCUCCUGCUGAGCGCAGCGGCGGUGGAUGGAUGCCCACACAAGUGCAGCUGCUCCGGGUCUCAUGUGGACUGCCAGGGUCUGGGGCUGAAGACCGUGCCCAAAGGAGUACCGAGGAAUGCCGAGCGCCUGGAUUUGAACAGAAACAACAUCACUAGAAUCACAAAAGUGGACUUCUCUGGCCUCAAGAACCUCAGAAUUCUUCAUCUGGAGGACAACCAAAUCAGUGUCAUUGAGAGAGGAGCCUUCCAGGACCUCAGACUGCUAGAGCGACUUCGUCUGAACAGAAACAAACUCCAAGUUCUMCCCGAGCUCCUCUUCCAGUCCAACCCCAAACUGGGCCGAGUAGACCUCAGUGAGAACCAGAUCCAGGCAGUUCCAAGAAAGGCUUUCAGAGGAAUUACCAAUGUCAAGAACCUGCAACUGGACAGCAACCACAUCAGCUGCAUUGAAGAUGGAGCUUUCCGAGCCCUGCGCGAUCUGGAGAUUCUGUCCAGCACAGACCGAGUCGAGGACGUGUGCCCCUCAGGUAGCCGUGUGUCCGCCCACAUGCAGCUGCAACAACAACAUCGUGGACUGUCGUCGUAAAGGCCUCACUGACAUACCAGCAAAUCUCCCGGAGGGCAUCGUGGAGAUUCGUUUGGAGCAAAAUCUGAUUAAAAGUGUCCCACCAGGAGCCUUUUCAGCUUACAAGAAACUCAAGAGAAUCGACUUGAGUAAGAACCAGAUUUCUGACAUGGCUGCGGAUGCUUUUAGUGGUCUUCGUUCACUCACCUCUCUGGUCCUGUAUGGUAAUAAGAUAACUGAGUUGCCUAAAGGAAUAUUUGAUGGACUGGUUUCACUGCAGCUUCUAUUGCUAAAUGCCAACAAAAUUAACUGUUUGAGAGUCAACACCUUUCAAGACCUGCAGAACCUCAACCUGCUGUCGUUAUAUGACAACAAGCUGCAGACCAUCAGUAAAGGACUCUUCAGCCCUUUGCGCUCCAUCAAGACACUCCAUCUGGCUCAGAACCCCUUUAUGUGUGACUGUCACCUGAAGUGGCUGGCAGACUAUCUGUUUGACAACCCGAUAGAGACCAGCGGGGCUCGCUGCAGCCACCCUAGAAGGCUGGCCAACAAACGAAUCAGCCAGGUCAAAGAAAAGAAGUUCAGGUGCACAGGUCAGGAGGACUAUCGCAGCCGCCUGAGUGGAGAGUGUUUUCAGGAUCUGGUUUGUCCAGAGAAAUGUCGCUGUGAGGGCACAGUGGUCGACUGCUCCAAUCUCAAACUGACUCGAAUACCCCCACAUAUCCCCGAACACACCACUGACCUGCGGUUAAAUGACAAUGAAAUUACCAUCCUGGAGGCUACAGGGACUUUUAAGAAGCUUCCGAACUUGAAGAAGAUCAACCUGAGCAAUAAUAAGCUGAGAGACAUUCGUGAAGGCRCAUUUGAUGGUGCAAGUGGAGUUUUGGAGCUGCUGCUAACGGGGAACAAGYUAACUGGACUGCAGGGACGCAUGUUCAAAGGCUUAAGUGGCCUCAAAACGCUCAUGCUGCGGAGUAACCAGAUCAGCUGCAUUGAUAACGGCACAUUCACAGGGUUGAGCUCGGUCCGGCUGCUGUCGCUCUAUGACAACAGGAUUGCCAACAUUGCCCCUGGAGCCUUCACCACCCUCCACUCCUUGUCCACCAUCAAUCUUCUCUCCAACCCAUAUGUGUGUGAUUGUCACUUGUCCUGGUUGGGUCAGUGGCUGAAGAAGACCCGGGUGGUGAGUGGAAACCCUCGUUGUCAGAAACCAGCCUUUCUGAAGGAGAUUCCCAUCCAGGACGUGGCUACCCCAGAUUUUACAUGUGAUGGUGCUGAAGAUAAUAGUUGCCUUCCUGCAUCUGGUUGCCCUGACAUCUGCACGUGCUCAGAUGGUGUGGUGCGAUGCAGCAACAGAGGGCUGCGCACUCUACCCAAAGGCAUUCCCAAGGACACCACUGAGCUAUACCUGGAGGGUAAUAUGCUGACAUCUGUGCCCAAGGAGCUGGCAGCCCUGAAGCAGCUGUCACUGGUGGACCUCAGCAACAAUAGCAUUAGCACCGUAGCUCCAUAUACCUUCAGCAACAUGACUCAACUAGCAACACUCAUCCUGAGCUAUAACCAGAUUCGCUGCAUCCCGGUCCAUGCCUUUACUGGGCUCAAGUCACUUCGCCUGCUAACUCUCCACGGUAAUGACCUCUCAACCAUCCCUGAAGGAGCGUUCAACCACCUCACAUCUCUUUCUCACUUAGCGCUUGGUGCCAACCCACUUUACUGUAACUGUGACUUACGUUGGCUCUCUCAGUGGGUUAAGGCUGGUUUCAAAGAGCCUGGCAUUGCCCGUUGUGCUGGGCCACCUGACAUGGCCGACAGACUGCUGCUCACCACACCGCUCAACAGAUUCCAGUGUAAAGGUCCAGUGGAUAUCAGCCUCAUGUCGAAGUGCGCCCCCUGCUUGUCAGCACCCUGCCAGAACAAUGGGACUUGUGUCUCCAACUCCGCUGGGUCUUACCACUGCACCUGUCCACAUGGGUUCAAGGGUCAAGUCUGUGAAAUACCCAUCAACGCUUGCAUCAGCUUACCUUGCUAUAAUGGAGGAACCUGCCACCUUCAACCUGGCCUUGGAGACCACUUUAGCUGUGUGUGUCCACCUGGUUUUGAAGGUCAACACUGUGAGAUAAACCCAGACGACUGUGAAGACAACGAUUGUGAGAACAACUCCACAUGCGUCGAUGGGGUCAACAACUACACCUGCCUCUGUCCACCCAACUAUACAGGUGAUCUGUGUGAUGAGGUUAUUGACCCUUGUCUUGGUGCUUUCGACCCAUGUCAGCACGACUCCAAGUGUGUCCAUGUUGGCCGCAGUUACAGGUGUGAGUGUUUACCGGGAUAUGUGGGCCAACACUGUGAGCAGGACUAUAAUGACUGUUUAGAGAAUAAAUGUCAACACGGGGCAGAGUGUGUGGAUGCUGUCAACGGCUAUACUUGYGUCUGUAAAGAGGGUUUCAGUGGGCUGUUCUGUGAGAACCCUCCACCAAUGAUCUUGCUGCAGACCAGCCCUUGCGACCAAUCAGAUUGCCAGAAYGGCGCCCAAUGCCUGGUGGUUGCUGGGGAGCCAACCUGUCGCUGCAUACCUGGUUUUUAUGGCAAUAAAUGUGACAAAGUCUCCACUGUUCACUUCCUGGGUCGCGAUGGGUAUGUGGCGCUACCAGGCACCAAACUCCGUCCAACGGCUCAUAUUUCAUUGCAGGUGGCUACAGAUAAAGACAAUGGCAUUUUAUUGUACAAAGAUGACCAUGAUCCCCUUGCCCUGGAGCUUUACCAAGGACACAUACGGCUCAUUUAUGACAUCACCAACUACCCACCAACCACAGUGUACAGCGUUGAGUCAGUCGGCGACGGACUUUUCCACACAAUCGAGCUGUUGAUUCAGAACCGCUCUCUGAGCCUGGUGGUGGAUAAUGGUGCCCCGAAGAGCCUGGGCAAGCUAGCACGCCAGCCCUCCAGUGACCACAACACUCAACUUUACAUAGGGGGUGUACCGUCCCAAGUGGCGGCUUCAGGUCUACGUCAAGCCCCUGAGCGCUCCCCUCAGACCUUUGACGGCUGCAUUCAUAAUGUUCGGAUCAACGGAGAGACCCAAGACCUGAGUUUCACAUCAACAGGAAGAGGGCAGUUGCACAGCAUUGAAAGCAAGGGUGACGGCAUUCUUGUUGGAUGUCGUUCCUGUAGCAUCUGUGCACAGGGUACCUGCAGAGAGGCAGGGGAAAUGGGGGUCACUUGUGACUGUCCUCCAGGGCACAGUGGGGCCCUUUGUGAGGAGACGACAGCCCCUAAUCCCUGUCAGAAUAACAGAUGUGUUCAUGGUCUGUGUGUGAUGAAGGCUCAGUCCUUUAGCUGCCAGUGCGAUGAGGGCUACCAGGGUCAGUACUGUGAUCGACAGCAGGAACCUCCAGCCUGCAGGGGGCACCGCUGCGGACGAGGGGAGUGUCACGUAUCAGAGAGAGGAGAACCUGUCUGCCACUGUCAACAGGGCUACACUGGACCAACCUGUGACACAGAGCGCACAUGCCAGGGCGAAAUGGUGAGGGAGCAAAUAAAGCGCCACCAAGCCCUGAGAACAUGCACGUCCACCAGCAAGAUCCCCCGCAUGGACUGCCCGAGAUCCUGCCAGGCAUCGGCGCCCCCCGGUGUUUGCUGCGGAGUCACCAAAACCAGACGGAGAAAAGUGGUCUUCCGCUGCACCGACGGCACCUCGUACUCGGAGGAGAUGGAAACGGCGCUGGAGUGCGGUUGCUCCAAAUGCUCGUUGUAACAGCACCCGCCGCUUGUUUUUGUGUUCUGCAACGCACGCCGCUGCCCUCACGUGAACUCUAAAUGUCGACGAGACUCUCAGACUGUUUCCACACUGAUAAACACCAGCCCUCCAUGAACAACUUCCACAUCCUGUUUGACCGCUGCCAACGUGUUGUCAAGAAAAGCCGCAAAUAUAAGGAAAACAAAUAUCGGACAUGUGUGUGUGUGUGUUUUUGACAGAGAGAAAAUAUAUUGUAAAAUAUGAGUAAAAAAAACAUAGAACUUAUUUUUAUUAUAGAUUUUUUUCUAAGAUGAUAAAAGGACUGUUUUUAAUACUGUAUGUUGAUUAUAUAAUGUUACAUAGUAUAAAAGUAUUUUCUCCUUUGCAAGAAGAAAGAACUACAGAGCAAAAAUAGAUUAACAUUCCGUAAAAAUAUAUGAACUUUAAUGGAUGUGUUAAUCUAUAUAAAUGCUUAACCUAACCAAAUGAAUUUAUAUCUUUGAAGUCUAUUUGCAUGACGGUAAUGUGAGUGCUGAUACGUGUGGAAGGCUGUGGACUCUAAGAAGCUUCAUGGUUCCACACAAGGAGAAGAUGGCAUUCUUUCAUUGUCCUCCAUCUUGGAGGAUCAAAGGGAACUGUACGUGCCUUGCUAACCUGCUUCACUAUAUAAUGGACACCAUCCUCAUGGGCGAGYUCACCCAAAAGACUCUUUUCACAGAGAUGUUUUAACAUUUUGUCCUAACAUUGUGUCAUUCUGUAUCUUGCUGUUGCGCACCAGACUUGGAGCCGAAUCAGGUUUGAAUUGAUUCAAAUCUGAGUUUAUUAUGAGUCCGAAACAAAACGAGAAAAAUGAAAAUCACAGUACAUUCCACUGAACCUGCUGCCUGCUAGGAUUCAAAAAAGAGGCAAUCCCCAAUGAGCCACAGAUGCUUGUAAUUUAGGCCUGAGUGAAAACAGAUUUGUUUUUAAUGAAACAAGUGGACAUGACAAAAAACUGUUGUAAAGUGUCUCUUAAUGUUUAUGCUCUUAUGUAUGCUCUGUUGCAUCACUGCAGUAAACCUGCAAAAUGGAAAGGUACUACUGUAGUUUAAGGAGUAAAUUCAGCAUUUCCUAUUGUUUACUUUGUGCUCUCUGUGAGUGAGUCUGAGAGCAGUUUAAGUUCUCUGUACAGCAAAGUCCACUGCAUUUGCCUUAAAUAGUCAGAAACAAAGACAUUACCAUUCAUAACUUUGCAAGUGUUAGGUCAUCUKUUUUUAAGUUCAGAAGUGUUUCAACAGUAUGUUUAUUAGCUGCUCUUGAAUGAUUCAUCAUUGUAUGUAGAUGUUGAUGGAACAGAUGACGCCUGUCUUCAGGAUGACAUAAUCAAAGUUACACAGUGGCCUUCGUCCAAAAGGAAAUUAUGCCUUUUUAGUGAUCUCUCUCACCUACAUCUUGACAAUUAUUUGUAAAAAAAAAGAAAAAAAAACAGAUCAAGCAAAAAAACUCUUAAUGAUGCUAAAUCCUUAGGGUGGAUUCUUUGCUGUCAAAAGUAUCACAUGGUGUAUUGUUGAAUGUGAAAGUGUAAUAUGAAGAAGUUUUCUGUUCCCUCCACGGGUUUUGUUACAGUAUUUACUAUAGCACCCGAUUCUAACAGUGUUUGGUGAAUUAUGUGAUCAAAAGUAAUAGAAAAACAAAAAAAAAUCUUCUGACAUUUUUUAAUGGGGGUUAAAAAGUGCCUUGCAGUUGUUGACCAAAGACUGAGGUCUUCAGUUUGAUCGUAACAAACCCAUUUUCUAACAUGUUACAAGUGGGGCCUCUGAAAACCUUCAAACAGAAUCUGAUCUUAAUAAUAUAAUUUCAACACAGUUGAAACAACUAUAACUCCACAAUGGUACAUAAAUGUUGACUAAUACAAUUCAAGUAUAGCAAAGCAAGWAUAUGUAAUUACUACUGUACUGUUUACUUUAUUCAUUAAUACUUUGUUUACAACAGAAGCAAUCUACUUCAGCAUCUUUGCAGUUAUUUACAGCUCUGUUACUUGGAGUUAGUAAURUGUCAAUAUUCUUAUCUGUCAACAUUAUGAUUUUCCAUCUGUCUAAUUCUUGGUGUUUUAUUUUCUUGUAGCUUAACCUCACAACCUGCUUUCUUCAAUUCUCUGCAAUCUCUCCUUUUUUUUUUUUUUUUUUUUUUUUUUUUUUUUUUUUGUCCAGCCAAUAAUUUUCACUUUCUGUGCCUUUAUCACAUUCCUCUUCAUUUAUCUUCUCAUGCCCUCUUGACCUGUUCCUAAAGGUUUGGUUCUUCAUUGUGAACAUAAUAAAACACCUCAGCUCCUAGUUAUUGGCAAUAAAAAUAACUGUAUUCACUCACAUGUAUAAGUUCUAGAAUAUUAUUGAUGAUAAUAGUUGCUUUUGUUGAAUGUUGAAAUUAAACUACCAUCAAAACCAUG